AUGGCCAAGUCCAAAGCAGCUAAGCGCAAGCGCAAUGCGCAGGUUGACCUUCCACAGAAACAAGCAAAGCCCUCAUCCACAUUAACACCACCUCCCGAUGGUACCAAUCUCGAGCCUAAGCACCUUAACACCGUUGUUUCCGAGGAAGAACUUGACAUCACGGUUGAAACGCUCACGGCUCUCGCACAAUAUCCUAGCUUGACGAAAUCGAAGGCUUGCAAGGAUCUUCGGGUGGCGGUUUAUGAUUUCCGCCAGGCUUGUACCACAGGCGUUAACAAUGCUGAGGGUGCUAAUCUUACGGCGCGAAUUACCGGUGCAUUGACCGAUGGAAAAUACUUGGAAGCUAAGAUUCUACUUGCCGAGAUGAGGAUUAGGGGUGAACAACCCAAGAUCGGAGCCUUGUGUCGCUGGUCCGAUCGGGUCGUCGAGCGCAGCUCAAAGGACCUCGAGCUUCUCGGUGUUCUCGAUGCCAUAUUGCGUGUUAGCACUCCAAUCGAUACCAACCCGAAAGCCGCCCUCUCCACCUCUCCUAUCGCUUUCCAGUCUAUCUGGGACCUUCGCCCCUCCACAGAACCUCUACCGAUCUACGCCUCUGUACUCAACAAGACGAUCUUGGCUGAGGCGCCGACGUCUCCUUCAGCCCUCCGCGUCAUAGAGACUACCCCCGGCUCUCUCCGCAAACCUCCAAACCAUCAUCCUGCCAUUCUAUACACUACCGCACCCAAUGCCGUCCCUUUGGCUCCUGUCGGCCCAACUAUCACAUACCAUCCACACCCUGCAGUGCCGGGUCUCGGCAUCGCCAUGAAUGUGCUCUCCUCCUCCGAGUGCAAGGCAAUUAUAGCCGCCGGUGAAUCCGUGAACUUCAUCCCUGACGCACCCCUCCGCGAAGAUGGCGAUAUGAGCAUUCUGGCUCACAACUUCUACUGGGUCAUCGACACUGCUUUCCACGACCUUCUUUGGGCACGGAUCUCCUCAUAUGUGCCCGCUUCGAUCAAUGGCCGUCUAGUCCGAGGUAUCAAUCGGCGCUUCCGUGUGUAUAGAUACGUCCCUGGUGCCGAGUAUCGUUGCCACAUUGACGGAGCGUGGCCACCAUCAGGCAUUCUCCCCGACGACACAUACGUAUACGACGCUUCACCGGAAGACAAGAAGCAGAGCUCGAUGUAUACCUUCUUGCUGUAUCUCAAUGACGAGUUCGAGGGCGGCGAGACAACAUUCUUUUUGCCUGCGCCGCGGGAGGGAACACUCAAUGCUUACCCCGUGCGGCCUGUGAUGGGAUCCGUCGCGAUCUUUCCACACGGCGAGGCGAACGGGGCCUUGCUGCAUGAAGGAACGGGUGUUCGGAAGGGUGCGAAAUACAUUAUCCGAACCGACGUAGAGUACGAUGUCAAGCCCUCUGAGGAGUAA